AUGUUGGCUCAAAAACCAAAAUUCACCGACUCCUCGCCUUUCACGACAUGGGAACCGCGAGUCGUCGAGAUUGCUAUCGACGACCCAGAGCCACCAAUCCUGGAUUCAGCAUCCGCUAACGGAAAGCUUCUUGAUGAAGACAUCCAACCUCUUGAGUGUAGCGAUAUAGCAGGAUCAAUGCCUCGUCCCGAAAUCGUUCGUUUGGAACAUCCUCUGUUCCCUAACUCGGCCCUUCACUUCUAUCCCGAAGUGGAUUUCAUUUGGCUGUCGGAGAACGUUACCCCAUUGGCUAUGACCGACUUACAGCGCCAUUACGGUUCGCAGCUGAACAACAUACAAAACAUUAUCGUGGAGGAAGAUGUGUGGGAUAGUGAUGACAUUCUGGAGAUCCUGAGCGGUCUUCAAAAUAUCCGGCUUAUUCGCGUCUGGCUUGAAAGCUAUCGCUUCCAUCCCGGGUCAAAGCCUAGAACAAGAGAACACUACAUGAAACGCGCGACCAAGCUUCAAGAAAGGGACCAAUCUAUUCUUGAAGGACGAGUCGACAGUCUUGUGGUGUAUGUAGAUUCGGACGACAACAUUUACGGUGGUUUUAGGGUCACGGCCUAG